CUCCAUUCAGGGUCAGGCAGCCGGCUUUGGGCCCGUUCUGCAGCUCGGCGCUCACCUUUCCGGGGGGCUCGCCUCCCGGCACCAGGAGAGUGAGCCCGAGUGUGAGCCGCGAACCUCAGCCCGAGUAGUCGGAGUCCGCAGGCGAAGCAGAUGUACUCGAGCGCCUCCAGGCCCGCGGUCACCCUGCGCCAGGCCCCGCCCCAACAACGUCAUGUCACCGCGGGUGACGGCCCGCUGACCAAUCAGUGGGAGUCGCCUCCCAGCGCGUAAGCCAAUCGGGGAGCUUCCGUGAGGGAGGAGGCGGGAGCAAAUUUGCCGGGACGAAAGCCGGAAGGCGGGGCUGGAAGGUCUGGAUCAUAGAAGGAGCUGGAUGUGGCUGAGUAUGCAGAUUGGAGAUAAAACCAACAGCAGAGAAGGAUUGGCACAGCAGAGAAGAAAUCACACCGUAUCGGGCCACUCAGUGACUCUAGUAUGCCAUGUUUGUGUUUAUCUUGCAGUCUGCCUCAUGAUCAGGAUACUAAGAAUCCCUUGACGAUUAGUUUGUCGCCAUAAUGACCUCUAAAAACAGAACCAAUGAAAUCAUUAAAAAACUUAAAGCUAGCAAAAAACAUCUGGAGGAGAUAAACGAAAAGCGUGACUCCAACUGCUUUGUGGAAAGAAGCAAUCAAGUCAGUUUAUUGAGAGUUCAAAAGAGGCAUUUCAGUGGUGCCUACCAGUUCUUUACUCACACCCGAAUCAAAGAACCCGUUCCUGACAGUGGCAGGAGCUCCUGGGUCACACUGAGUCUCCUGGUUCACACCGAGAAAAAGCACUUUCCUGCAAAAAAUAAUGCCAUAUUUGGAUAAAGUGUAUCUCCAGAGACACACAGCAAUACAACCUCUCUGAUCCUUCUUCAAUGUCUGUCUUAUUUACAAACAUUAAUUAUAAAAGAAACAAAAAAUCAUUAA